GUGUGUGACAUCAUCACCAAAACACUGUAUGCGCUGGCAGAAGACUAUUUAUCGGUGCAUGUGACACGCUUACAAAUAGCAAGAAAACGGCAGGGAGGAGUGAAACACAUAAGGGUCUGUUGAAGCAGUAGGCUACAGACUUUAUCUAGUGGAAUUAUUUUCUCCAUAGUUCCGCGUUGUUCAUCUCACUUUAGGAAGCAAUAUGGUCGAGCAGUCGGAUCGCGCUCCACUGCUCGACUGGGAGGAGAUUCCACCAAACGAACUGACCCAGGCGGUUCCCGCACCAGCAAAAGAAAAUGGAUCGGAAUCAAAUCCGCCAGACGGCCGCUCUCUGGGCAGUACCGCGCUCGCCAUCGGGUGGAGCACUAGCUCUGGGGGUCCAGCAAGUGUAACAACUAUUCCCAGCGUGAACAGGAGCCCUCACCUUGACCACCCUGGCCCGUGGGGUGUUCCCAGUCCCAUCCAUGCCGACUCUAGAAUAUCUCUGAAAGAACGACUGGGAUGGGAGGAAAAGGACCAAAUAGUGGCAGUGUUUGUGGUAACCUUUGACACAAGAUCAGGUAACAUGGUGGAAUGGUGCUUACCCCAAGACGUGAAUCUUGACGGAGUGGAAUUCAAGUCAAUGGCGAGCGGAUCACACAGAAUCGCCAACGACUUCAUAUAUUUCCGUAAAGGCUGCUACUUUGGGCUGGCUUGUUUUGCUAACAUGCCUGUUGAAAGUGAAUUGGAGAGAGGGGCGCGGAUGAAAUCUGUGGGUAUUCUGUCUCCCUCUUACACCCUCCUAUAUCGCUACAUGCACUUCCUGGAGAACCAGGUUAGACACCAGCUCCAGUGCCCUGGCUCAUAUUCUCCUCUGGAGGCCUUCUAUGAGGAUAAGAAAGCUGUGCUGCCCCCAGCAGGGAACGGCCUUGUCACUGCAUGUCCAACCAGUGCCUGGGUCCCAGCCAUCAACCGCUGCAUGCACCCAGAGAUGAAGAUCACCCACCCAGCCGGCUGCAUGUCCCAGUUCAUCCACUUCUUUGGGGAGCAGAUCAUGGUGCUGUGGAAGUUUGCCCUGCUCCGAAAACGAAUCCUUAUCUUCUCCCCACCACCUGUGGGUGUCGUGUGCUACAGGGUGUACUGCUGUUGCUCUCUGGCCAACAUCUCUAUACCUGGGAUAGGUGUGUCUGUGCCUGAGUUCCGCCCCUUCUUCUACAUCAAUGUGGCAGACAUCGCUGCCCUGGCAACAGAGAUGUCAUACGUGGCUUGUACCACAGAGAAGAUCUUUGAGGAGAAGAAGGAGCUGUAUGAUGUAUAUGUUGACAACCAGAAUGUGAAGACACACAGAGAUAGCCUCCAGCCACUACUCCGGCUGAAUGGGGUGGACCGGGAAAAGUAUAGGAAACUCAGCGAACAGAGGCAACUGCUACUUUACACUCAGGAGGUGGAUGGAGACUGCACAUCAAAUGAGGAGGACCUCUUUAUCCUGUUUUUCAUGGAGCAGAAUAACCGUAUCUUCCAGACUCUAUCGGAGGUGGCGGCAAGUGCAGACCCCACCCUGACGGCAGAGCACGUGAGGGCCAUGGGGCUGGACCCUCAGGCAGACCGCACUUUCUUGGUGGACCUGCUGGAGCUCUAUGGCAUUGAUGCCAUGCUGGUCAUCGAUAACCCCUGCUGCCCCUGAGCCCUGUGUGGCCUGUGCUCCUCUCUCCUUGUCCCCUGAAGACACUGCCUCCUACUCUUCGUCCCCUGGCCUCCUGCCCAGUCAAAUGCCUGCAGGUUUCUCUUGGUCUCUCGCCAUGCUCCGGGAUACAGCUGUCUUUGGCCAGUGUUAACUUAGAGACAGCUCACCUGGUCAAUUGGGCCACGAUAAUAGACACUGCCUGGACUCUGCAGUUCUCUCGCUAAAGUCCGUUUCACAUUCAACAACCACUUGUCUUGUUUGUUCACUUGGCAUCUGUUCUCUUCUCACUUGGAUUUCUGCUUGGAUCACCAGCCCUAGUCACUGGAAGUGGAAGUUCCACGGAACCUUUGAUCAAUGUGCCUCGUUGUACUGCUCCCAAUACUAUGGAGCACUGCUGACUUUGACCAACAGCGCCAUGUAUCUACAGUAGCAUCCUGUUUGGGGAUGGAUAAUUGAUUGUUCCUCUCACUUGGAACCUUAACUCCAAAUUCAGCCAUGGCACCAAGCCCUUUUUUCUUACGUCUUUACAGAAGAUUCUACCUAACCAUGUAUAGUGUAAUACUAAAUAUUCAUGUGAUUGUCAGGGCUUUUAUUUUAUGGAUCUCAAUCCUUCUGCUGAAUAACUUUACCAUGAUGUUGUUUCCCAAACUUCUGCAUCAGGUUUGCUAGAGCUGAGAGUAAAGCGUUUUCACUCGAUUUUCCUCUUAAAAAAACUAAUGAUGCUGAAGUUGAUCAACCUUUUAUUUUUCAGAAUGGAAAAAAAGGAGCAAUGUCAAUAUUUGUGUGUUUGAUAAAAGUAAAUAAUCAAGAUUCACACAUCAAGACUAAUUCACAUGAAUCUACUUCACAUAAACAAGAAGACCUCUUUUGGUUCAAAUAGGAAGUGUUUUUCAUGUCAGCUAACCAUACACAUUAAAAGGGAAAGAUGAGUCAUGCCAGAUGUAUUUAUUUGAUAUAAUGCCCUUAUCCAAGGAGGUAUUUAUUAUGGAGCUGAGGUUGAAUAUUUGUUAAAUACUGUAACAUUUCAUUAGACUGCACAUGUUUGUCUGACUUGGUCCAAUGCUGAAACCCAUACAGGCAGACUCCAGUCACUUAUGUUUUUCUUGUUCCCUGGUCACAUUGCACAUGUGUAUGGUGACUUUUGGAUAAUGUUUUGUGUAGUGUUUUAUCAAGUUUCUACGUUUUAAAAUUGUGAACCUGAAACUUAAAUGAUUGCGUUUCUAUGACACUAACUUAUCAUGAAUGCUGCACCACACCACAACCUCUGUACUCUUGUUUGAUGACCACAUGAUUAUGGGUCAACUUGUUUGUGUUCUGAUUUAAUGGCCCAAUGUUGUCAGCAGAGAAACUAUUACUAAAAGUGCAGUCAGUGAUGUAACAGUCUGUCUGUCUGGGAGCCAGCAGGAAGCUCUCUGUGUUGUGUACUUGAAACUGUACUGCCGGUUUAUCAAUGAGAUUUGUUUCAGAUGAAAUUAGAUCCACGGCUGGUCUAUGAGAGGGCAGAUACAACUUCCUUUCUGUUGGAGCUUGUCAGCUGCAGGAAGGAGAUCGUUGUGCCCCGUCACUGUAACAAUGACUCCUUUGUAUGCUUGAGAUUCAUAGAGGGAAUUACUCCCCUCUCUGGGCAGACAGACAGACCCUGAUAUACGAUACAUUUUGAUUUUUAUCAAAAUAAGAUAACAAGGACAGGGGGACCUGAUCACAGAUCAGCACUCCUGUGAGACCCUUUUUGAAAACAGGCCCUGGAGAUGAAGUUCUUUUGUUCAGUAGACCUGGGUGACUGAUUUUAAAUCAAUAUAUGAAGCAGUCAUCCGAAAGAUGUGAGUUCAAUGACGCAUCAAAUAUUUUGGAUGAAGACAGCGAACUGCUUUCAUUGGGUUCGACUGGUCAGUAGAUGUCGGCAGUAGUGGCACUGUUCAUUGAGGUUUAGCUGGGGACAGUUCUGUCCUACAGUGUAGGUUAUAAAGCCUAAUUAGUGGGUAAUCUUUGUGUUAAGUGCAGGCACUCAAUUAAGACCACAGGCUUAUUAUACCUGUCAACAGGAAGAGGCAUAGAGAAUGUUUUAGAUUUUAAACACUUCCAACUACUUUAUCAACAUGUCAAUUGACACUACUGAUAUUGGUGUUUGGUAAUAUGAUUAAAUGUAGUUGUUCACACCCAUGUUGACUUAGCCCCUUUCCCCUUCUGUUUGUUUUGACCUGUCCCACCCUGUUUUUUUCAGCACAUCCUGGGCAUGUGACUGUUUGUUUUACAGGUGUAUCAUGUAAAUGUAGUAGAGAAUGCACACGGCACAAAAAUAAAUGUAUCAAAUGCCUUCUUUGUGGAAAUUGUUCAGACCUGUACCAGCAUUGGCUCAUUUGAAUUUAUUUGUACAGUAUGUCACCCCACUGAAUGUCAAUAGAAAGCUUCAUCUGUAUUACUUCAGCACAUAUAUGCUUCAAGUACUUUAACAACUCAUAUAGCUAACUGUUAAUCUUUGAUCACAGCAACUGUAAUGUAAACCUAUACUUAAAACAUUGGUUAACUACACAGCUACAUCCAGAACCUGUACUACUAUAAAACAUGGAAAGAGACUUUAGUGAUGAAUACACAUUUAGUAACUUGAUCGCAUGAGCCACUCUUGUUUUCAAGCUGGUGACAUUACACAGUACUGCCACUGUAAAACAAUAAAACAUUGGUUUUCUCUGA